CUUUCAUGGCUGUCUCUUCUGACAGUUUGAAACUGAUAAACUGUCAGGUUACCCAGCUAUGUAGGAAUAUAAACAAAAAAAAAAAAGAAGACUCAAGUAUCUUUUGCCAUAAAAACAGAAAACUCAAGCCAGUCUUCCGUGAUGUAACCAUGAUACCUCAUGAAAAACAAACAAACCAUUUGUUAAACAAAAGGAAAUCUUGUCAACAUGAUCUUUCCAUCACUGACCCUCCUUUCUGAAGAAUCAUGUGACUUCUUGCACAGGUGUCAUUAUUAAAAGCAUCCGCAUCUGUUUAGGGACACUGCACAUCACCACUCGCAGAGAUAUAACAUUUACGAGGAACACUGCUGAUCAGAGAAAUGGCUCUAAGAGUGGACAGCUGUGCGGUGCUGCUGGUUGUGAUGUCUGGCUGUAUCCUGGUCCAAAUUCAGGAUGUCAGUCCUACGACAAAUGGUACCACUUCAUUUAACUACACCAACAGCACAAGCCAAAACAUGAAUGGUAAUAAUACAUUCGGCUUCACCGGUCCCACAUCAGUCAACUCCAAGAAUGGCACUUAUCAGAAUGCGAACGGCACUAACCAGAACCAGAACGGCGCUAACCAGAACCAGAACGGCGCUAACCAGAACCCGAACGGUGCUAACCAGAACAGCGCCAACACUUCCUCCAGCUUCAACAACAGCAGUACAAACCAGAAUGCUAAAGAUGCAACAGUCAGCACCUCUGUUAGCAGUUCUUCCUCCAUGACUAGCUGCUUCAAACUUCUUCUGCCUGUGUUCACGGCUCUGUGCUUUCUACACAUGAUACAGUGACCAUCAAUCUCCCUUGUGCUUUGAAGGUAGACAAUCAUGUAUGAUUCUUCAGAGACUUAAUAGAGUGUUUCUGAAAUGCUACAACACUUUUGUAGAUGUUGUGCCGCUUGUAACAAACAGCUUUUUGCUUAACAUUAUAUUUCAAAUAUGAAAAACAUUGUUACCAUUCACAACCAUUAUUUAGCAGGCAGUCAGGGUAUUCUCAAUUUAUUGCUAUAAAAUGCUGUAAUAUCUUCAUAGAUUUCCGUUUGUUGAUUAAAUCAUCUGUUAUUGGUUAACUGGUUGUUCUCAGAUGCAAUAAAACUUUGAA